AUGGCCUGGGGUAUGGAGGAAUUACUAGAACAGAUCAGAGCAGAGGUAGAGCUGAGGGAAGAACACAAAGUCUCAGCGGGAACGAACAAGAAACCGCAGGAGGGAACGGCCGUCAAAUCAUCAGCAAGCUCGCUGGUUGUAUCAAAUGGACAGGGAACUUGUGUCUAUUGUCUCGGAAAACACAGCUCAGAGAAAUGCGAGGAGAUCAAGCUUCCUGUAGAGCGGGCGCGCAAAGCCACGCUUCCGGUAGUCAGGCGUGAAUGGGUAUGCAUCAACGCGUUUGGUCAGCGCAACCAAAAGGGCGCGCUCAGGGAAGUCGUGGAGUUUAGUGUAAAUCCUGUUAAUGGGGGAAAUAGCAUUAGCAUGCAGGCGUUUGUAGUGCCAGAGAUCUCUUACAUUCAUAAUAGUCAUGUCGAGUUAGUCAGAGACCAGUUUCCACACUUAGAGGGCUUGUGGUUUUCAGAUGUAAAUAGAGUUCAAGACCAGCCUUCAGAGCAGACCGAGUGUUUAGAUAGAGAGAUAGCGAAACUGUGGGACCUAGAGACGUUAGGUAUCAGGGAAACGCGGGGAGUACAAGAGGAGUUUUUAGAUAACAUUAGUUUCAAUGGAGAGAGGUACUCAGUGAAGUUACCGUGGAAGGUCAAUCAUAAGCCGUUGCCUACGAAUAACGAAAGUAGCUUAGGCCGCCUUCAUAGCACGAUGAGAAAGUUCAGGCAGGAGCCAGAAGUGCUUGAUCAGUAUGAGGCAGUUAUCAAGAAUCAGUUAGAAGCGGGAGUGAUAGAGCCAGUUCAUGCAUUAGAAGAGGGUAAUAAGAUACAUUAUUUGGCACAUAGAGCUGUAGUGCGUAGACACAUUCCCACUAGUACACCAGUUAUAGUGAUCUAUGAUGAGUCGGCGAAGACAGGUAAGGGGGGAGUGUCGCUCAACGAUUGUUUACACGUAGGGCCGUCUCUGAACGCUCUUUUGUUUAAUGUGUUGUUGAGAUUCCGUCUACACAGGAUAGCUUUGACAGCGGACAUAGAAAAGGCUUUCUUGAACAUCGAGGUGGACCUGAAGGACAGAGAUUGCUUGCGAUUCCUGUUCCCUGAGGAUCCGAGAAAGGAAGAUUCGGUCAUCAAGGUAUAA